UCAAAUUAUUAACCUUGCCAAAGGUUGUUACUUGCAAUGAAUUUAAUUUAUUUUCAAUAAGAAGAACUCUUUAGCUUUUCUAGCGGUUUUAAUUCGAUAGAAGCUAAACUAUCGCAUCCACCUGCGCUUGCGAAAAAACAGCUGUACCGGGCUAUCGAUUAUCCCGCCGAGUGGGUGCCCCUAUUGGCAGCCAUCGAAAGUAGAAGUUUACGCGAAGAAACACGGAGAAAAGAACAGAACGCAGAAAAUAAAGGUUAGCCGAAGCGAAGAUGACCAGUUUCCGUAAGCGCACCGUGCAGAAGCCGAUCCGCGGCACCCGCACCUCGCCGCACACGGCCCAGGUGAUCACCUCCAGCGGGAAUCCGUAUCUGGACGUGGUAAUCGGCGGCGGCCUGCCCAUGGGCUCCAUCUGCCUGAUCGAGGAGGAUCGCUUCAUGACGCACGCCAAGGUGCUGGCCAAGUACUUCCUGGCCGAGGGUGUGCUGUCCAAGCAGGAGAUAUUCCUGGGCAGCCUGGACGAUCUGCCGGCGGAGAUGUUGCGUCGUCUGCCCAAGCCGCUGACCGAACUGGAAACGGAGGUGGAGCAGCAGGAGGAACAGAAGGCGCAGGCCCAGGGUGGCGCUGGUGCUGGUGGUAGCGAGAAUGGCCUAAGGAUCGCCUGGCGGUACAACGAUCUGCCGCUGGUUAACUCGGAGCAUGCCACUGCCAAGAUCGGUCAUCAUUUCAACCUGAUGGAGCAGAUGGACUCCAUGAUGCUCUACUAUGCCAACACCACCAUGUGGGACGACAACUACAAGGGUCUGGACCCUGUGGUCCUCUUCGAGAGUAGCUCCCCGACCCCCACGUCGCUGGAGCAGCAACCCGUGGAGGAUGCCCCACCGAUUCCGGGAGAGGAGAGCACUGCGCCGGAGAUUAAGACCCAGCAGCCCCAGGAGGAGAGCUCCGCCAGCAACAACAAUAAUAAUAACAUAAACAAUAACAGCAGCAGCGUCACGAGCAGCACAAAAACCGGCAGCCAGGAGUCGCAGUCGCAGGUCUUCCAUAAUGCCCGCUACGGAAACCUACUGAGCGACAUCCAACAUCUGCUGCGGGACGAGAGUUUCGUGGCCGGGACCAAGAAGAACCUGUGCCGCGUCUGCCUGACCUCGCUGGGAUCGCCGCUGUGGUAUGACGAGCACUUCGGCGAGGAUCUGAUCAAGUUCCUCACCCUGCUGAUGGCCAGUGUGCGCAGCUGCAACUCGGUGUGCCUGAUCACGAUGCCCAUGCACCUGAUUGCCAAGUACGAUGCCAGCCUGGUGCCCAAGAUCCGCCAGCUGGUGGACUAUGCCAUCGAAUUGGAGUCGUUUGCCGGCUCCGAACGCGAGACGCAUCCCGCCUUCAAGGAGUACAGCGGUCUUCUCCAUUUGCACAAGAUGUCGGCCCUGAACACGCUGGCCGUCCACAUGCCGGACACCACGGAUCUGGCCUUCAAGUUGCGCCGCAAGAAGUUCGUCAUCGAGAAGUUCCACCUGCCGCCGGAGCUGCAGGAGUCUUCGACCGCUGCAGCCGCCAAGCCGGACAGUUGCAUCUCCGGUCUACUGAGCAAUUCCAAUGCCUCGGCCUCGCUGGAUUUCUAGCUGUCAGCGGAAUUAGAAACUAAGUGCGCGUAUGUAACCACGAAACAACAACUAAAUUGCAUAAUAAUAAGCCAAGUAAAUGCAUUAAUAUAUCAGCCCUGAUUUUGUACCAUUUUGAAAA